CUAAUAAAACAGUAUGUCUAAACACCUUCAUAGUACUUCAGUACAUAGUGAAUAAUAUGGGGAAAUUUUGAUUUAGAAAAUAAAAUUAUCACGAUACGCAAUGCAGAGUAAUGAACUACUUAACAAACGAGCAAUGAGUAAUAAAACGAGAUGUGACCCUUGAAUAUGAAGUUUAUGAAGAAUGUGAAGAAGUUUAUAUGCACUUAUAAACUGUAAAUGGUUUACAGCCGCAUAAAUCACAUAAGUCGCUACAAACUUAAAGGGACACAGCCAUGAGUUGAAAUAUUUAAAUAAAAAUGGCGGAAUGCUUCAACACACGAUUGCAAAGGUUUGCCAUUAUGAGAAGACUGUUUAUACCGAUGAUUUUGGCGUUUUGUGUGAUGUACGUUAUAACCACAGUUGUCUACAUUGGGACAGAAGUAAACGAAACUGUUCCUGGUGCAUCUAGUGAGGUUGUCUUGAGGCCCAAAUGGCCUGAUGACAGUGCUUCUGAAAAAGAUCUAGCCAACAUUGACACAGAUCCUAUGGAAGAAAGGAUGAUGUUAAGACGAAGUCGAAUACCGCCAAUGUGUGGGGGGAAGUUCACUUCAACGAAAAACGCUAGUAGAGAACCAAUAUGGAACUUAAAUAUCCUCUAUACGUCUAGUUCUAUAUAUGUAGACGAUAAAUACAAGUUUUUGUAUUGUUUUGUACCAAAAACUGCCACAACGACGUGGAGAAAAAUGUUCAUGGCAAUGCACUAUAACAUCUCGUAUAACGACGCAGAUGAAAAUUUCGACAAACUUACUAAAGAUAUAGGUUUGAAACAUCUGAAUUUAUAUUCAGAACAAAAGAUACUCCAGAUCAUGCAGGGCUAUUUAAAAUUCAUGGUAGUACGAAAUCCGUUUGAACGAUUACUAUCAGCGUGGCAAAAUAAGUUCAACAAAUACAAAUCUGGUCAGUUUUGGUACUGUAACACAUAUGGGAAAUCUAUCAUUGAAAAAUAUCGAAAAAACUUCACUGUAGGGGAUGGGUCCGGUUGUGACGUCACAUUUGAUGAAUUUACGGAUUAUCUCUUAGAAAGAGACUUCAAAAAUGGCUGGAUUGACGAACAUUGGAAACCAUAUUAUGACCUUUGUAUGCCUUGUCAUGUGCCCUAUGACACCAUCAUCCAUUAUGAAACUCUUGUUGAGGAUUCCAACUAUGUUUUGGAUAAACUCGGAGAGAAGAGACGUUUUCCAAAUGGUUCAUCAGGAGUUAAAGGAAAAGUUCUUGAGGCUUAUUCUAAUUUGAAUAACUCUUUCCACAAAAGGGAGCAAAUAUAUAAGAUUUAUCAAAUGGAUUUUGAUAUGUUCGGUUAUGGACCAAUACCAUUAGCCUGA